AUGGGCCACACGAGGGGCGACUUGCGGCCCUUUCGCGCGCUGUGCCAGCAAACUGCGCUGGGAGGAGCGCUGUGUCCAUGGGUGUUUCUCGGACCCGGCCUCCGCGACCUUCGCUUGGACCUGACGAGGCUGUGCGACGCUGGACCAGGCACGCCAUAUGGCUGCAAUCGGACUCUUACGCCUGCUUGUGACGAGCUCUGUGGCGGCAGCUCAAGCUCAGAGUCGCUCAGCCCGCAAGGCUUUCAGUCAUACCUGGACUCCAUCAUGUCCAGCAAUCCUUUCGGAGGCGACCUGGAACCCUGGGAAGUGCCCCAGGUGGACCUGACGGAGCCAGAAGCCUUCAUCUUUGUCUCGCAACGUCAGGCACUGUACGUGGCGCUGCGGACGCUGGCUUUGAAACUCCGGGAUCCGACGUCCAGGGCCAGCAACGCCCUCGACUAUGGAUUGACGUAUGGUUGCAACUGGAGGCCAAGCCCAGCUGGAGUUCCAGACCCCGAAGCUUGUGCGCGGUUCCCUCCGCUGACCGGCGUCGGGGCAGAAGCUCUGCAGGGCAAUUUGUUUAGCUUACUGGCGUGGGCGCGAGCACUUGCUGAGGAGAACGGCGUCAGGCUUGGCGUGGACUCUUGCUUCUGGAGACAAAGAGACGAUCCAGAACUCUGGUGCCCCCACGACUCUGUGCUCGGCGCUAUGCGGGGUGGAGCCAGUGGUCCCGAUGCGAGGGCGGCGCUGGACUCUUCGAGCUUCUGGGCAAAGCACAACCUGACGCUCGAAGAGGUCGGCGUUCGUCCAAAUGUCUGCCAUUUUGAGUCAAGCCGCUGGGUCUGGCGAAAUACUCGCGACCCUGCGGCUGAAACUGGCGAGUUCUGUCGCGGCUUCAACGACGUUCCAUCAGUCUACUCGCCGGAGGUUGACGAUUUCAUGUCCAGAGAUCGGCCGUGGACUCUCGCGGUGGACAUCGCCGGGGCUCAGUACGGUGGCGGCUGUGGCUCUGCGAAUGGAAGGACUUGGGCUACGCAGGACGAAAGCACGCCUGUGUUCUACCCGGAGACACUGGCGCUCGGCUUUCAUUCGACGGGCCGCACAAUUGGCACUGGAACGACGGCAUUGGUGUUUCUUGGUGUUCGUCGAUAUUUCAGUGGCCAGAGUGGCUCCCAUGGCCUCGAUCACGAGGGGCUGCAUACCCCGCUCUUCGUCAGCGGCAACCGGUGCGGCAGUUUGCAGGAUGCAAGGCCCUUUGCACCUGGGCGACUCCUUUCAGAGGCAGUGGUUACAAACCUAGCGUGGCCUGAGGGCCAUUCCCAGCCCUUCCAGAUAUUCGGCCAUGCCCUGGGCGUCAUCACUUCGAGCUGCGGAACUUGCAUGGACGGGAAUCUUCCGAACACGACGCUCAAGUUUCGAACUGCAGGUGACACCUGCCUGGUCAGCUGGAAGGAUGGUCGCAGUGGCUGUGGCAGGUCACCCGCCGGUGGCUGGACCUACUGGAACGAUGUGUGGACGUGGAUUGGUGCGAUCAACCCCAUCUUCUAUCCCAGCGCCGUUCGACCUGCGCUGACGGAUGUCGUGCGGCGCGUGGCCACUGGUCCUUGGGGCGCUGGUGUCUGGUGGGGGAACACCUUGCAGUACUUCGUCAUUGUUUGGGCUGCGAUGGCCCUGCUCUGGAAACAGGAUGCGCUUCAGCUUGACUACUAUGCCUACGGCAUGCCAGGACAACAGGGCUUCCCACUGGGCGGCUUCUGUGAGCAGUACCAGGCGCAAGGCUACGAGGACGUAGUCCAGCACCUGCCGAAGCUGGACGCUGCCCUGAAAGAUUCGCCCUCCGCGACGUUGGCGGACUUGUAUUCGGCGCUUGCCUGCUGCAGCCGUUGUGAUGAGCCCUGCCGCUUCGCGGGUGUUGGACCACCUCCCUCCGAUGUUUACUGCACCACCACUUGCACGGAUGACUUCCUCAAUUGCUUCCAACGAGCGCUCCGGAACAAAAGCAAUUGUCAAUCUGAGUGGCAUGGAUCUACAGAGGCCCGCAGCAUGUACAGGUGGGUUUAG